CCCAAGUGCAAAAACCUGACAUGCUCGGUCUCCACGAUCCAGUUGGCGGAUUUAGCGUGAGCUGUAGCGUGUCAGCGUGAUUGCUAGCGAUGCCUUUGCUCCAAUGCACGCACGGCGCAUUAUCUCAACCGCAGUCGACUUGCAUUGCUUCCUGACUGUGUCCAUAUGUCACGCUGCAGAGUCUGGCGAGCUGCUAAUUCCGGCCGGCUCGCUCCUCGCAGCUGCAGGCUCUUCAGCUAGCUCGCUAGCCAGCUAAUAUCCUAAGCAUGCGUACUGAAGAAUAUCCAUCCAAGCUCAGUCGCCGACGACGCGGCACGACCUCCUACAUUGACUCGGUGGCCUCCAUCGUCCGCAUCCACACGGAGACAGUAAACAUCUGGACCCAUUGCCUGGGCGCCCUCCGGUUCUCAGCAAGCGCAGCACGCCUGGUCUUCGCUGCCUCAGGCUCCGCCGCAGAGACAGCCGACGGUGCAGUGAUCGUCAUGUACCUGGCUGCGGCAGCUUCCUGCUUCCUGAUCUCUUCGCUCUACCAUACGUUUGCAAACCACGCUCGAGCGGACUUGUGGCAGCGCAUCGAUCACCUCGGCAUCGUUGCAGUUAUCUGGGCCUCCUCGGUGUCGUUCACUUUCUUCGCUUUUCGCUGCCAGCCAGGUCCACAGUGGGCGCACAUCAGCCUAGUGACUCUGGCGAGCGGAUGGUCUCUGAGGCGUCUGUGGAAGAUAGGAUGCAAGUACCAAGCCCAGACAGCUUGUCAGAUCAGUAGUUUACUGGCCGCCUUCGCAGAGCUGUUCGUUGCCAACAGCAUAGGAGGUGCGCUGUACACGACCAGCAUUCUCGACGACGCCAUCGGGAAAGAGCUGGGCAUGCCGGACGCCAGCCAUCACGCCAUGCACGUCGUCGUCCUAUUUGGGGCAUGGAGGUACCAACAAGGUCUGCUGAAGGCCUAUCGCGCUACCACUCAAGUAGGCACCGGCUUUUGUGGGUGA